UUCCUCGUUAUAAAUUAAAUAGCACUUGACAGUCAUUGUAGCAAUGACUGGAACUUUAAGGGACUCAGAAAUGGAUCGUCCUACCUUAUGCACUAAGUGGUUUGGCGCUGGCUCUUAGCCAUACAUGAUUUGAAUCCUAUGGCGAAGAAGUUUGAGCCUCAGGGCAUUUUUUAAGAAUUUUCCACUGGUGGGGCAUUUGAGAAAAGGGCAUAUAGAUAAAGGUAGAAUUUACAGAGAAACAGGCUUUCAAAAAUAUUCUAGGGGAAUCGCCUAUAGAAGCAGCAGUUCCAGGGAAAAAUGAAUUGAGAUUUGAAACCUGUUCAAUGAAGAUUCCGUCCACCAAUAUCUCAAAUAAAGUAAAAAGUAAAAAAGUCACCGAAUCAUAAGGGCACUUAAGUGGUGGGGCAAACAUGUUCCACUGGUGGGUGGGGGCUGGUGGGGAAUUUCCCCACCACUUUAUAUGUUAAAAAAUGCCUUGUUGAGCCUGGUAUUUACAACUUAAAAGAGAAGCUUGAUGGAGCAACACGUUGCUUCGUUCCAAUUUCCUCUAAGUGUUGUGAUUGAAACCUAAUGAAAAUAACUAUUAAAAAGGGCCAGUUUAUUUUAUUUAAUUUAUCUUUUUGCUUACAGCUGUUAAUCACCAUAACUAAAAUUCGUAUAUGCAAAUUAACCCCGAACAAAAGGUCCCCACCGCCCGGCGAUUAAGAGGGAUUCCAGCCAAAACCGCUCGGCCGAUUUUCAAAAUUCCUUUUUCCCCUUCAUCCUCGAUCUUUGGUCCACCAUACUACGGUCUCCUUUUUCUCCUUUUCGCUUCCGUUCCUGAGAUAUUUACGGUUUUCUCCCGGAUUCGUUCGAAAUCCUCUCGAUCACGAUUAGUGCUCUCCGCGGUCUUUGUCCCGACUUUCUAAAGGUUCUUUCUCUCUCUUUUCUCUUGCUCUCUACAAAAGGUUUCAAAACUCCUUCCAACAGCAACCCUUCAAUUUGAACGGAGGCUUUUCAAAUUCGUUUCGCUUUCCACAAAGAAUCUACUGUGUGCCGAUAAUUUAGGUGAUUUGGAAUUGGAUGAUAAAUCUACGUGCACUGCUGGUUGGCAUUCCUUUUCGAACUCGAAGCGGUCGUCGACGGUCGGUGUCUUGUGCUACAGCUACAGCUCCAGUAGUCAAUCGUGCUGGGUGCUCUCGACAGACCUCAGUAGCUACGUACGGUACGCACACUGCUGCCCGUUUUUUGGUUUUGCGAUUGCUGCUGGCUGUUCCCCUUCUUCACUGGCAUCAGAAUCGAUGGCAUGCGAAUAAAAAUAAACGAUCGGAUUCGCUGACUUUUUGGUUCAACAAAUCAAAGAUCGUUUCAAGCAAUAAUUAUGACCCAGACGUGAUUCUUGACUGUGGAGAAAAGGACUAAAGUUAUAUAGAUUAGCUGUUGUCCGUAAAUUGUAGUUUGUUAAUUUGUUGUUGGAGUAAGAAUCAUUUCUGAUGCACGAAACUUUGGCUGUUUUCUAUCUUUCCAUUUCUUAAGUGCUUUGUUGCUGCAGUGUUUCAAAAGCUAAUUGUGACGAAGAUAUGAUAUGUGGACCUCAAAUGUAUAGAACUGCGUAAUAACUUUAUAACUCUUUGGGGUUUAGAAGAGGUGUUUGAUUCAGAAUAAACAGGGAGCUUUGAGGGUGGCCCGCAAUUAUGUCUAAAAACAGCAUCACAAGUGAACAAAGAUUGAACGAAGUGCUUUAAAAUGAACAUUACAGCUCUAAGAAUGACUUUAGAAAAUAUUUAAAAACGCCCCAUAAGUCGACGAGGGCUAAGAGUGUAUGAUUGGAAAACUUAAAAAUUUGAUUCUGACUAAAUAGGAGAACCUCUAGGAGUAACCCAUGAAAAUGUGCCAACGAGCAUAAGGAAUUGGUGGGACUGGCAGAAGCAUGUUGCUGUCAAGUUUAAAGUAGAAUUCAGAAUAAUUAACAAAGCUUUUAGAUAAGCCUGCAAGAUAUUUAAACGACCACCACGAUACACCGAGAGAUAAAAGAAGAUGGAAACUUUGAAAAUUGCAAUUAGAAUAAGCAGGAGAAUUGAAGAGGGUAACCCGUGAAAGUAUUUAAACGAGGACCCCAAUUAGAUCGUGGCUUACAAAAUGUAUUGAAGAACUUUUCUGCCUUGCCUCGAUAUUGCAACCGUUUAUGUAUCAAAUUGGUGUGUACAUUUUAAUAAACGGAAGAGUAGCUCCCAGUAAAUCCCGCUCUGCGGGCACCCUAUGGACCCCGGAAUGGAAUAGUAAGAUUAGCCUCUGAAAGUCAAGAGUGCUAUUAACCUCGAUUUCAAAGGGGUUCAGAUGGUGAUGAAAGCUAUGAUAUUGCUAAUUGGUAAUCAUAAUAAUCAAGGAACUACUUAUUGGAUUGAUUCUAUUAGGAAUUUCGCAAGUAUGGGUAUCUGGAGC